AUGAGUGAGAACGAGAGUGAGGUGCAGACACUAUCGGCCCUGCUGCGGAGGCAGGCCGAGCUAUCAGCCCAGCGUGAGGAGCGCCUGACGAGCAUGAUGGAGAGCUUGAUGUCAAGGGAGCUCUCCACGGGAAUGGGAACGGACACGACUACCGACGCGGCGGGGGCUGAGCGAGGCGCUGACGGCCGUUCCACCACCGCCCGCCCAGCCGUCCGCCUGCCGGCUUCGGCGACCCCGGCUCCGUACCUGACCUCUUCAGCCUUACUUCGUGAGUUCACCGUAUGGACGGAGAAGGUGAAGGGCUAUUUUCUGCUGACCGGAGCCGGUGAACUACACGUGAAGGGCCAGCGCGCCGCGCUGCUAAGCUUGCUAGACGAAGACUGGCACCGAGUAAUCCGUUUCGGGCUCGACCUGACUGAGGACGCGACCCCGGACACCGUCAUGAACGCCAUGGAGGGUCACCUGCGGAAGCAAAGAAAUGUGCUGGUGGACCGCAGAGAGUUCUACGGGCGCGUGCAGGAGCCAGGCGAACGCUUCGACGAGUUCCUGUACGAAAUAAAGGAGCUCGCUUCAUUUUGUGACCUCUGCGAGCAUUGCAGUGACUCACAGAUUCGUGAUCGCAUUGUCUGUGGUGCGCGUGACGAAGACGCUGUGAGGCGUAUGCUUGAGGAGCCCGAGCUAACGCUGAAACGCGCAGUGGACAUUUGUCGCGCGAGUGAAAAUUCACGGAGCACAUGUGAAGACCUGCGCGGCAGCGAGGGCUACUCAGUGGCACGCCUGUCAGCUUACAGGCGGGGUCGCAGCCGGCUACGUGCCGCCCCUGCCGCCGCCGCGACCUCCGACCGGCAGCGGUCGGCCCAGCGCUGCCCAACGUGCGGCCGCCGGCCACACGCCGACCCAGACACGUGCCGCGCCGCCAGCGCCAUCUGUCGAGCGUGCGGCGAACUGGGACACUUUGCAGCGGUCUGCCGCCCGGUGCCGUCGGACCACACCGUCGCUGCUCCAGCCGGUGGCACCCCGCCGGUCCCCGCCCGCGGCCCGCCGGCGCACAGCGCCCGGCGAGGGCCGCACGGGCGAGAUAUCCAGCGAGUCAUCGCGGACAUACAUAUCAGCGGAGUCUGUACUCGUCCCGCGCCUACAGUCGAGAUUCAGCUGAUGCACCAGGCCGGGAGCAGCACGCUGAAAUGCACGCCGGACACAGGAGCUGAAGCAACAGUCAUGGGCGACGCCGUGGCUCGGUCGAUCGGCAUCGAUCUCUCCCAACUGGAGACCGACCACCGGGCCAACUUCACCGCCGUUGGACAGCGCCCGCUCGACUGUCUCGGAGCGUUCGGCGCAGCGCUGAGGCUGGGUGACCGCUCCGCUGACGCUACCGUCUACGUCAUCAGCGGACUGACGGGGACACUGCUCAGCUGGUUCGAUUCGGUCGCCCUGGGGACCCUGCCGGCGGACUUCCCUGCCCAGAUCCCGAACGCGACGCAGCACAAAACAGAUGGUCGACAGGUAGCGACAUCUACGAUAACCGACACGCCGACGGUGGCGCCCGUGGCGGUUGCCGCCGGCAACGCCGCGCCGUCGCCGGCAACGUGCUUGCCGACAUGGGAGGAGGACGGCGACCCGUCUGACGAGAUAAUAGCCGCCCAUGCAGCCGCGAUCGUGACCCACUACCCCCGGGUAUUCAGCUCGGACGGUCCGCUGCGGGAGAUGGACGGAGGAUCGAUGGUAAUCGAGCUGCGUGAAGAUGCCACUCCAACGGCCGUCACCGCCGCCCGUCCAGUGCCGUACGCCUGGAGAGCGGAUAUCAAGGCCCAGCUGGACGAACUGCAGGCCCGUGGUGUCAUUGCACCAGUGGACUACGCCACCGAGUGGUGCCACCCGAUGGUCGCUGUCGCCAAGCGGCCGUCCGGAGUGCGACUGUGUGUCGAUCUGACCCGGCUGAACCGGUUCGUAAAGCGGCCUACCUACCCAGUACGGCCUCCGCACGACGCUGUGGCCGACAUCCCGGCCGGCAGCCGCUGGAUGACGACACUGGACGCUGCCAUGGGGUACUUCCAGGUACCGCUCGCCGAGCCGUCUUAA